AUGCAUCGAUACGAUGACGGCUCGAUCAAGGUGGUGUGUCACGCGUCCCGGACGUUGACGUCGGCCGAGCAGAACUACGGUCAAGUUGAGAAGGAGGCUUUGGCGCUGAUCUUCGGUGUUACCAAGUUUCAUCGCUUCAUCUGGGGACGGAGGUUCACACUUCACACCGACCACAAGCCGCUGGUCGCAGUUUUCGGGUCCAAGAAGGGAAUCCCGGUUCACACCUCCAACCGUCUUCAGCGAUGGGCGCUGAUCCUGCUGUCCUACGAGUUUGACAUCGAGCACAUCUCAACGCAAGACUUUGGCUAUGCUGACAUGCUCUCGAGACUGAUCGACGCGCGGAUCAAACCGGACGAGAAUUUUGUGAUCGCCGCAAUCCAGCUCGAGGACGAACUUGCAGCGGCCAUGGACGAAGCACUCAACAUCCUGCCUGUUACCUUCAAGCACCUACAAGUGGCCACAAGCAACGACAAGCUACUGCAAGAUGUCAUCAAGCAUGUCCAAUCUCGCUGGCCCGGGGCAAUCAAGCUGGUCGAUGCUGAACUUCGCCCGUUCUACGCGCGAAAAGACGCUCUCUCCGUUGUUCAAGGGUGUCUCAUGCUGGCUGAUCGCGUUGUCGUUCCCCAGCAGUACCAGCAGCAGGUGCUCAAGGCUCUCCAUCGAGGACACCCAGGUCAAGAACGCAUGAAGAAGGUGAUGCGAAGUCAUGUGUACUGGCCAGGUGUGGAUCAAGACGUGGAUGACUUCGUUCGUUCGUGUCACGCCUGCGCUGCGGUGGCCAAGGCCCCCACCAAAACUCUGCUGUCGUCGUGGCCUCUAGCAGAGCAUCCCUGGCAGCGCCUCCACGUGGAUUUCGCUGGUCCUGUCGAGGGUCACUACUUUCUGGUGAUAGUGGACUCGUACAGCAAGUGGCCUGAAAUAUUCAAGACACCAACCAUCACAGCGAGGACAACAAUCGAUCUGCUUUUCGAAACGUUCGCUCGCUACGGGCUCCCAGAGACGAUUGUUUCUGACAACGGUACGCAGUUUACUAGCUCGUUCUUCAAGGAAUUCUGCGAAUCGCUCGGCAUCAUCCACAUCCGCACUGCUCCGUAUCAUCCCCAAUCAAACGGGCAGGCCGAAAGGUUUGUGGAUACGCUAAAAAGGAGUCUGAGGAAAAUCAUGCCAGGAGCUGGGCAUGACAUUGGACGUUCGCUGCAAAUCUUUUUGUCAGCCUACCGUGCUACUCCUAACAAGUCAGCACCUGAUGGACUGUCACCUGCUGAAGUCUUGAUGGGGAGGAAACAUCGCACAACUUUGGACCUGCUCAAACCACCGUCGGAACACCGGGCUGCGCUGCAGAGGAACCAGCGACAAGAAGAGCAGUUCAACAAACGGCACGGGGCACGAAAGCGUGAAUUUGGCAAAGGCGAUUUGGUUCACGCAAGCACAUUCGUUCACGGCAAGCUGGUCUGGCAAACUGGCACAGUAAUCGAACGCAUUGGCAACGUGAUGUACAACGUCUGGCUGAACGACAAGAAGCGGCUCAUCAGGUCUCACACGAACCAACUCCGUACUCGGGGGGGCUCAAAAGUCGAGGCCUAUCCGGAAGAAGCUGAGUCGGAGGUCAAGCUACCUCUGCACAUCCUGCUCGAGGACUUCCAGAUUAUCGAGGAUCCAGUUGUAGCCGAGGAUGAACAGCAGGCGCUGCCUGCACCAUCGCAACGUCGAGCCAGGGUUCGACCACCGUCGAUUCUUCGCCGGUCAACAAGGAUUCGUCGUAUGCCUGAGAGGUACAACCCGUACUUCUACACCUAA